AUGCCUAGAUCAUCCGGUAGAAGACCAGCCGUUGCUGCCAGACCAGCCGCUAAAUCCCCAUCCACUACAUCUUCCAGACAAGCUUCCACUGCUGCUUAUCCUCAACAACACGCCCAGCAAGCUCCUCCUCCAGCCGCCACCGCCGCUCCAGCUCAAACCCAACAACAACCAGGUAUGUUUGCCCAAAUGGCCACUACUGCUGCUGGUGUUGCCGUCGGUUCCGCCGUUGGUCACACCAUUGGUGCUGGGAUCACCUCAAUGUUUGGUGGCUCCUCUUCUUCUGCUCCUGCCCCAGUUGAUCAAGCCCAAGCUGCCCCAGCUCAACAAGAACAAGCUAAGGCUUGUGACAUGGACGCCAGAAACUUCACUAGAUGUUUGGACGACAACAGCGGUAACAUGCAAAUCUGUGACUGGUACUUGCAACAAUUGAAGUCUUGUCAAGAAGCUGCUCGUCAAUACUAA